UAUAGAAACCCAUGUGGUCGAUUGUAAUUUUGCAGGGGAUCCCGGACGUGAUGCUCGCGAAGGAAAACGAGAGAUCAGAGCAAUUUAGCAAGCCCAAAAAUAUAUAAUCACGAAACACACACAGACGCAGAAUUGCAACAGAUCAACCCCCCCUUUCGCUCUCCGUCUCUCUCUCGCUUGCAAGUCAUUGACGCGAAGAAGCCUUGAAGGAGACGCAGAGCGAGACAGAGAGAUAGAGAGAGCCCACGAGAUUUCAAGAUCCCCAAUUCAUUUCUAUUGAAUGGUGAAACAGUAGGAAUGAGAAAUUAGCAAUCUUGAAAUCGUUUCACAGAGAGAGGGUGAGAAAAGAAAAAAGGGGGGAAUUUUUUUUUUUCCUUUCUUUCUUUCUACGUGCUUGAAGAACGAGAGGAGUUUGUACAGAUGGGGUGUACAUUUUCUGGGUUGAACGCGCUAUACGACGCCGUGAAUGGGGGAGGGGACGUCUGGAUCAACGAGAACAGGUUCAGGAUCUUGAGGCAGCUCGGGGAAGGUGGGUUCGCGUUCGUGUAUCUGGUCAAGGAGGUGGUCAACGAUUCCUCCUCUGUCUCCGGUGGAGGUCUGGCCAAGAAAGUGAAGGACCCUUCUCAUCUUUCAGAUGAUGGCACUUACGCAAUGAAAAAAGUUCUCAUUCAGAAUGGUGAACAGUUGGAAUUGGUGAGGGAAGAGAUUCGUGUUUCAUCUCUGUUUAGUCACCCCAAUCUGCUUCCCCUUCUGGAUCACGCCAUCAUUGCUGUUAAGACUGCACAAGAAGGAUCUUGGAACCAUGAAGCAUAUUUGUUAUUUCCAGUUCAUCUGGAUGGAACUUUAUUUGAUAAUGCCAAAGCUAUGAAAGCAAAAAAAGAGUUCUUUUCAACCGCUGAUGUCCUCCAAAUAUUCCGACAGCUUUGUGCAGGACUUAAACAUAUGCACAGUUUGGAGCCACCUUAUGCACAUAAUGAUGUGAAACCUGGUAAUGUCCUCAUAACGCAUAGGAAGGGACAACCUCCUCUUGCAAUAUUGAUGGAUUUUGGAAGCGCUCGGCCUGCAAGGAGGCAAAUUCGCUCUCGUUCAGAGGCACUGCAGUUACAGGAGUGGGCUUCUGAACAUUGUUCAGCACCUUUCCGGGCACCUGAGUUAUGGGACUGCCCGAGCCAGGCAGACAUUGAUGAGAGAACUGAUAUAUGGUCUUUAGGAUGUACGCUGUACGCAAUAAUGUUUGGUGUAUCUCCAUUUGAGUAUGCCCUUGGAGAAUCCGGAGGAAGCCUACAAUUAGCGAUAGUCAAUGCGCAGGUGAAGUGGCCGGCUGGACCCAAUCCUCCAUAUCCAGAAGCGCUCCACCAGUUCGUGACGUGGAUGCUUCAGCCGCAGGUCGCGAUCCGUCCGCACAUUGAUGAUGUCAUAAUUCACGUCGACAAGUUGAUCUCAAAGUUCUCUCACUGAGCUCUUGUAGGAUGAGAACGAUGUGGGAGUAGCGCUAGUCCUAGAGAAUGGUCAUUUAAAGAGAGUCCGUAUAUCUAUCUCCUAUUUUGCCUCUCUUAUCCUCUUCUGUGAUUGUCCAUGAAAGCAGUUUUAACAGUUCGUUAUAAAAUAUUUCACUAAGGUAAAA